UUGCCGUGGGGAAAUCUCUAAACAUAUCGGCGCCUGAUCCUCUUCUCUUUCGACAAUCUCCUGAUUAUUAUUAAAAAGAAAGAAAGAAAGAAAGAAAAGAAACAAAUGGCCAGAAUAGCAGCAGUAGCUACUGCUUGCUCUCACUUCAUUCCAUCCAAGCUCGCCAUUUCUACCACUACUACUCUUCGACUCUCCAAACCGUCUCUUCAACUCCAAUGGUCGCUACAUUCGAACUCUCUAUUGUUCAAGAGGAGGCUGUCGUCGACGGCGAGAAUAGCUAUGAGCCUGAAAGCCGGCAUCGUCGGCCUCCCCAAUGUCGGCAAAUCCACUCUCUUCAACUCCGUCGUUGAGAAUGGAAAGGCUCAGGCUGCCAAUUUCCCAUUCUGCACAAUUGAACCUAAUGUGGGGAAAGUAGCUGUUCCUGAUCCACGUCUUCAUGUUCUUUCUCAUCUUAGCAAAUCCCAGCGAGCCGUUCCCACAUCUAUUGAGUUUGUUGAUAUUGCUGGCCUUGUCAAGGGAGCCAGUCAAGGGGAGGGUUUGGGUAAUAAGUUCUUAUCACACAUUCGUGAAGUCGAUUCCAUACUUCAGGUUGUUCGCUGUUUUGAGGAUAAUGAUGUUGUUCAUGUGAAUGGGAAAGUUGACCCAAUGUCAGAUGUUGAUGUCAUCAACUUGGAGUUGGUUUUCUCAGAUUUGGAUCAGUUAAGCAUGCUUACUUGUUGCUUACAAGAAGUACAGAUUGAGAAGAGAAUGGAGAAACUCAAAAAAGGGAAAGCUAAGGAUUCACAAUCCAAAGUGAAGGAAGAAGCAGAGAAGUCUGCUCUGGAAAAAAUUCAGCAGGCACUAAUGGAUGGAAAACCUGCACGAUCAGUUUCUUUAACAGAUUUUGAAAAAGAUGCUGUAAAGCAUCUUUGUUUGCUUACAAUGAAACCAGUCAUAUAUGUUGCUAAUGUAGCUGAAUCCGAUCUAUCUGCGCCAGAAAGUAACCCUUAUGUUGCAGAAGUGAAGAAAUUGGCUUCUGAGUUGCAGUCUGGGCUAGUAACUGUUUCAGCACAGGUUGAAUCAGAGCUUACAGAGCUUCCACUUGAAGAAAGGACGGAGUAUUUAGCAUCACUUGGCGUCAAGGAAAGUGGCUUAGGAAAUCUUAUUAGGGAGACCUAUGGACUUUUAGGUUUGCGUACAUACUUCACGUCAGGUGAAAAGGAAACCAAAGCAUGGACCAUACUAUCAGGAAUGACUGCACCCCAAGCUGCUGGGGUUAUUCAUUCUGACUUUGAGAAGGGUUUCAUAAGAGCUGAGACGGUUGGUUAUGAUGAUUUUGUUGCUGUCGGUUCGUUUGGAGCUGCAAGAGAGAAGGGUCUUCUGAGACUAGAAGGGAAAGAUUAUAUUGUACAAGAAGGGGAUGUCAUGUUGUUCAGGUUCAAUGUCUGAACGGUAUACUAAUCAGAUUCUGGAACUGCAUAUAUAUAUAUUUUUGGAAUCCUCACGAAUGAUGCAUGCAAUAGUUCAAGAAUACACUUAUGUGGGAUGGACUAUUGUUGUGUUAGAGAUAGACAUGUGAACUCCUGGUAAGUUAUACACUUACAAUUUUGGUCGAGGAGAAAGAUCCAUGGUGCAUGUAGUUGGUCUUGUGGUUGCAAGUGAAAAUUGAUGCAAUUUCGGAAGUA